AUGGGUAAUCAAGCUACUGAAGGAAGUAAUCUUAAUAUAGCCAAAAUUACAUUGGGUGUUGUUGGAGAGGUUGUAAAACCUUUUGUGCCAUUGAUUGAUGCUGUAACUCUCGUGAUUGAGGAAAUCAUCAAAGUCUAUGAAACUGUCCAAUAUAAUAAGAAGAUCUGCAAUUCACUUAUGGAUCGUGUGGAUGCUGCUGGGACAGCCAUCAAAACUUUAAAAAGAAGACAAACUGAAAAUGAACAAAAUUUUCGUAAUAAAGAAUAUUAUAAAUCAUUUAUUCGUUUUAUUGAAAUCAUGAAACGAAUUAAAAAUUUUAUCAUUGAUGUAUCAACCUUAAAUAAAUACCAAAAAUUCGUACAUUCCAGCUCAGUCAAAGAUGGAUUUGACUCACUUACUAAAGACUUUGAUGUAGUAAUGACUGAAUUGCAUUUUACAAUGGCCGUUGCUAAUGAAGAACAAAGAAUGAUAGAUCAAUUUGCUCUCGAAUCUGAUAUUGCAGAUAUGACUAAAUUUUUGGAAAAAAUAGGUGGUGGCAUAAUUGACCAAAAUCAAAAAAUCAAUAUUUUACUUCAUGAAGUAUCUUUAAUGAAAGAGAAAUUAGAUCAUCCAGAUAGUUCAGAUAAUAAUAUUAAAAAUAUUAAAGCAGAUGAAAUAAAAUCAACUGAUUUGAUGGAUCCUAUCGUGUCAAAAGAAAAGGAUCGCCGAGGGAAUAAUCGUCAGGUUAUUAGAAAAAUAUAUAAAAAUUUUGAGGUCGCCUGCAAGCCAAUAGAUCUUCAAAAUAAUGACCCUAAAGAAACUGCAAAAAUUCAAGGACAACUAGCUAUACUAGGAAAAUUACGAGAAUCACCCAACAUUAUCAGAUUUUAUGGUCUUUCAUAUACAGAAAACUCAGACGUUAUGGUAUUUGAAUGGGCAGAUUAUGGCUCUCUCAAAGAAUUGUAUUGUCAGUAUGACAUUGCAUGGCAUAGAAAAGUAAAAAUAGCUCUUGAUAUUUGUCGUGGUCUUGCAUUUUUACAUUCUUGUGACAUUCUUCAUCAUGAUAUUCGAUGUGAACAUAUUAUGAUGGUUACAGGCUUGAUACCAAAAAUUGCAGAAUUUAAGUAUUCCCGUAUGGCAAGAAGUCCAACCACAGACAUGAAGGGUGUAACAGAUAUUACGCGUUGGAUGGCUCCCGAAAAAUUGCGUGAUUCUACAUAUUCUGAUUCUACAAAGAAACAUGUUCAUGUCCCUUAUACUUUCAAAUGCGAAAUUUUCAGUUUUGGUAUGUUACUCUGGGAACUUGUUUUCGAAAAAAUUCCAUACGAAAAAUGGAAUAUAUUGAAGAUUAAAGAACAUGUAUUAGCUGGUAACAGAGAAAAAAUCACAUGGGGAAAGGCUCCACCAGAUGUUCAAAAACUUCAAAAAGGCUUGGCGAAAAUCAUUGUGUCUGCAUGGGAAGACGACCCAGCAAUUCGAGCAUCUCUUCAAAAUAUUUUUAUAAAUUUGGAUCACCUAGUUGAUGAAUAUUGCACACCCGACAAAGAAACUGAUGUCAUACUUUUACCUGAUAAGACAUUAGAUUUAGAUGGAUCUGCAGUUUCCAUUAGUGAUGAAAGUGGUUUGGAUUUACCGGACAUGGAUUUUAAUAUUGAUAAAAUACCACAAAUAAUUCCUCUCGAAGAAGGUAUUGCAGCACAUUGGAAAAAAGAACAUGCAAAAGCUUGGAAAUGUUUUUUAGCGCAUGCAGAUUUAAAAAAUACAACAGCAAAAUAUUGGAAAGGAAUUUACUUGUGGGAAGGAAUUGAAGUUGAGAAAGAUCGUAAGCAAGCUUGUGAAUUGUUUAAAGAAGCAGCUGAUGAUGAAAUCGCGGAAGCACAAUUAAGUUAUGCAUUUUCAUUAGUAAACGAUCCAACUGUAGAAUUUGAUCGUGAAACCUUUUUAAAAUAUAUAACCAAAGCUGCAAAUAAUAAUAAUUCCACUGCACAAUUUAGCUUGGGGGAGGUAUAUUUGUAUGGUAAACUUAAUCAAAAAAAGGAUGAAAAAUUAGGCAAAAAAUAUUUAAGAUUGGCAGCUCUCAAUAAUCAGCCUAAAGCUAAAGAGGUUUUACAAAAGUUGGGGAUUAAUGUGUAUACCGAUAAUUAA